CAAAUAUGGGUCCAUGUUGCGUCAACUAGCGUCAUCAUUAAUGGACGAAGCAUGUCGCGCUUGCUCUAAACGCAAGUUCAUGAAAACCCCACCGAACUCAUGGCCUCAGACGAUGCAUUUAAAGUGUCUUCCCUGAAGGGGAAAGUGACACUGAUAACGGGGGCCAGCUCGGGCAUCGGGGCAGGCACGAGCGUCCUGUUCGCCAAACUCGGAGCUCUGCUGGCUCUUAACGGCCGUGACGUGGAAAACCUAAAAAAAAUAGCAAAACAGUGCACCGACUGUGGAGCUGCCGAGCCUUUCCUUGUCCCUGGAGACCUUACUGAUGAGGAGAUUGUGAAGAAGACAGUGGAGCAAACUAUCGCUCACUUCGGCCGGCUGGAUGUCCUCGUUAACAGCGCUGGUAUCCUGGCCAUGGGCAGCAUAGAGACAACAGACCUGGCUCAGUAUGACAAGAUCAUGAACAUCAAUGUCAGAUCCGUAUACCACAUGACUCAACUUUGCGUGCCCCACCUGAUCAAGACCAAAGGCUCCAUCGUCAAUGUAUCAAGUGUCAAUGGACAGAGAUCAUUCCCUGGUGUGCUGGCCUAUUGCAUGUCCAAGUCCGCCAUUGAUCAGUUCACACGUUGUACUGCACUUGAGCUGGCAUCAAAGCAAGUCAGGGUGAACUCUGUCUGCCCUGGUGUGAUCAUCACAGACGUCCACAAGAGAGCCGGACUAAACGAGGAGCAGUAUGCCCAGUUCCUUGCAAAGUGUAAGCAGACCCAUGCCCUCGGUCGACCGGGGGAGGUGGAGGAAGUGGCCCACAGCAUCGCCUUCCUGGCGUCCGAUGCUGCCAGCUUCAUCACUGGAGUCAACCUCCCCGUUGAUGGGGGCCGACAUGCCAUGUGUCCAAGAUAAGAUCGUGUAUGUUGAGACACAGUUUGCUAAUAUAGUGCUUUCAACCUCUAA